AUGUCUUGUUCAGAGGAUAGUGUGCGGGAGUUCCAGGAGACUGCGGUAGAGAGGUGUGCGGAACACGAGUUGCUGCGACAGCAGCGGACACACCUCGAGAGAUUGCUGUACCGGAAGAAGUACCUCUGCAAGGAGCUGCAGCUGCUGUACUUGCAGAUAGACAAGACGCGGAAUUACCAGGAGUUUCUGGACGUUCUGACACACAGCAGACCGCUGUUGCGGGAGAUAUUCACAAUGGAGUCGCAGCAGAGGGCCGUGCAGGCGGGGAACCUGCGGGCGCCCGAUAUAGACUGGGUAGAUAAAUUUGGCAUAAAUCUGGAGGAUUAUGUGGUCGAUAACGACCGUUUGCUGUCCUUGUACAACGAGGGUCUGUUAUGA